UUGAGGUUUUGGUGGGUACGGGCUUCCGUAGUUCUCGUAGUGGAAGAAUGGCCGUCUGGAUGUGGCUUCGCUGUGUUUUAGGGCCUCAUCUUCAACGAAUUCAUCGUUCCCCGGACCAGUCUCGACCUGACGGGAGAUCGGGAAGGAGGGGAUGGAACUACCAACCUAGGGGUCUGGAAAGACACACUGACAGCAUUCUUGGCUGGGCUUCAGCACUAUGGUCUCUGUCCUACUACAGCUCUCCUCUUCUUCUUUGCUAUCUUUACAGGAAAGGCUUCAUCUGUAGCAGUAAACUGGUUCCUGUGAGUCAGUAUGUGGGAACUGUUCUUGUGUGUCUUCUUGGAGUGGCCUGUCUUAGAGGGUGGGGGAGAUUUAGGAACACUGAUUAUGUUCAGUUUAUCACAAUUCUUGAGGAAACCAAGAAGAAUCACACCCCAGCAAACAAGAAAAAACUGAGAUGCUAUGACUUUGACUUCUCACAUUGGCCUUUGGAUUUCAGCUGGACUGAAGUCAGCAGUCCAAAGCUGUCCAAGGCUGGCGUUUCUCUCCUGAGGCCAGAGCCCAGAUUAAGAGGAGCAGCAGACAGUGUCCUCCACUCUGUCCGCACUUUACCAUGCCACAUCAUCAGUUUUGUCAUUGCCCACACGUUUGGGAGGAGGAUGCUGUACCCCGGUUCUGUGGGUUUACUGCAGAAAGCCAUGAGACCAAUGCUGCAGCAGGGUCAGGCUAAAUUAAUAGAAGAGUUUGACGGCCAAAGAAACAAGCUGGUGGCCUGUGACGGUAAUGAGAUUGACACAAUGUUUGUGGAUCGAAGGAGAGAUGGGGGACAGAAUGGCCAGACUCUGGUCAUCUGCUGUGAGGGGAACGCAGGCUUUUAUGAGGUGGGCUGCAUGAAUACGCCGCUGGAGGGUGGCUACUCUGUACUGGGCUGGAAUCACCCUGGCUUUGGAGGCAGCACGGGAGUGCCGUUUCCCCAGAAUGAGGCCAACGCCAUGGAUGUGGUGAUCCAGUUUGCAGUACACAAACUGGGAUUCAGCCUCAGCGACAUUGUUAUAUAUGCCUGGUCUAUUGGAGGAUUCACAGCCAGCUGGGCAGUGAUGUCAUAUCCAGAGAUCCAAUCAUUAGUGUUGGAUGCCUCCUUUGAUGACCUCCUGCCUCUGGCCCUCAAGGUCAUGCCUGACAGCUGGAGGCCGUUAGUACAACACACAGUUAGGCAAUACAUGAACCUCAACAACGCUGCGCAGGUUCUUAAAUACCAGGGACCAGUCCUGCUGAUCAGGAGAACCAGAGAUGAGAUCAUCACCACAACGGGUCCUGAGGACAUCAUGUCUAACAGAGGCAAUGACCUCCUGCUCAAGCUGCUACAGUUCAGGUAUCCCAAAAUAAUGACAGAUGAAGGGAUCAGAGUAGUCAGACAAUGGCUCGGAGCCUCCAGUCCAUUAGAAGAAGCGUCUGUGUACAGUGGCUAUGAAGUGGACGACGACUGGUGCGUGUCUGUGCUGCAGUCCUAUCAGGCAGACAGAGAUGUUUCGUUUCCAUGGAGUGUUGGUGAAGAUAUGACUCUAGAGGGAAGGCGGCAGCUGGCUCUAUUCUUGGCACGAAAGUACAUGCGAAACUUCGAAGCAACACACUGCACUCCUCUCCCCGCCAUCGAGUUCCACCCGCCUUGGAGACUGUAAAAAAAAGGGGGGGGGGGAAGCCCACUGAUGGAUGGACGAGGGCAAAGACAGAGGACUCGUAUGGCCGGUGGUCAGUUUGUUCCUGGCACAGCGUGAAUGUACUGCUGUGAUUUUGUUCUAGGAUUUUUCUAAGACGAGUUGUCACGUAUAGUUUUGCCGUGAUGGCAUCUAGAAGUAUCUGGUCUACUAUUUAUGCCCCCUCAGACAAAUCCCUGUAAAUUAUAACAUGUUUUAUUUUAGUUUUUGUAAUGAAUUCUACUUUUCAGUGUUUCUCCUUUUAAAAAGAAAAGAAAGAUGCAUUUUAAAUAAAUGCACAAGCCAUUACUCACUCCUUCCAGUCUCCCCCUCUUUGGCUGUAUUUCUAAAGCAGCUGUAAGUAGAAAUAUGUUGUAAGUGGAUUUAAAAAAUUCCUAAUAUUGUCAGGCCAGAAGAACUUAAGUCUUUAAAAAUGCAGCCGAAGCCAUUCAGGUUCAUUUCCUUUCUGUGGGCACCGUCUUUCUGAACAAAGCUGUAUCCUAAAAUGAUGCUCUUAAAUGUUCUAUUAAAUAUGCCGAAUGAAAAUAUAA